AUGGCCCCACGCAGGCCUAGGAGUCUACUGCAGCAUCAGCAGCAGCUACCGCUGCUGCUGCUGCUGCUGCUGUCGCUGCUGCUGCUGCUGCUGCUGCCUGCAGCAGACAGCAGGAGUGCAGCAGCAACAAGAAACUCAGCAGCAGCAACUCUAACUCCAGCAGCUGUACCCUCGGGGGCCCCCCGUGGGGGCCCCCUUGGGGGCCCCCUUGGGGGCCCCUGCCCCCGCCUCGCCUUCAUGAGGCCCAAGGGCCCCCCUGAUGCAGACAAGCAGCAGCAGCAGCAGCAGCAGCAGCAGCAACAGCAGCAGAAGCAGCAGCAGGAGGGCAGCCAGAAGAGCGACACCUCAAAGGAUGCAGCCGCAGGAGGAGGAUCUGCAGCAGCAACAGCAGCAGCAACAGCAGCAGCAACAGCAGCAGGAUCAGGAGCAGCAGCAACAGAACCAGCAGCAGCAGCAGCAGGACCAGCAGCAGCAGCAGCAGCAGCAGCAGCUGAGGGUCCAUUGAUAGCAGUAGAUUGUUUGUAUGUAUCAGACAGCAACUUGUCGCCAGCUUCUGCUGCUCUAAGACAACACGCAGCAGCAGCAAAAGGAGACACGUAUCUGCUGUCUCCUUCUUCUGCUGCUGCAGUUGCUGCUGCAGCAGCAGCAGCAUCUUCUGCUGCUCUAAGACAACACGCAGCAGCAGCAAAAGGAGACACGUAUCUGCUGUCUCCUUCUUCUCUUGCUGCUGCAUGCAACCAGUUUGCUGCUGCACUGCAGCAGCACUACAGCAGCAACGGCUACCUCCUAGCCUCCAUAGAACUAGCCCCUCACCACCGCCAGCUGCUGCAGCAGCUGCAGCAGCAGCAGCAGCAGCAGCAGCAACAGCAGCAGCAGCAGCAGCAGCAGCAGCAACAGCAGCGCGUUAAGACUUGA